AUGGCUCAGCCUGCCGAGGCAGCAGGCGCCGCCGCUUCGGUGGAUGAAGACAUCAAAGAGUACAAGAUUCACGCAUCGAGCAAGUACCUCGAUUUUACGCGGCAGAAGCUCGAACUAGCUCGGCUUCCUCGCGAAGUUCCCGACGCGAACUCGAGGGCGUGGUGGGAUCCGAAGCCAGCGCUGGAACCGCUCAUCGACUAUUGGCUUGAGCACUUCACUUGGAGAGAGCAUGAAAAGGAAAUCAAUGCCUCGGUCCCGCAGUUCAGGAUCAGCAUCCAAACAUCUGCCACAGAAGGGCCUACGAGGAUGCAUUUCAUUCACGCGCGCUCGCGGCAUCCAGACGCCGUGCCUUUGCUCUUAAUCCCGCCGUUUCCAUUUUCCAAUUUGUCAUUCCGCCACAUCACCGAUACCUUUACGGAUCCUGCCGAUGCAAACACCAACCAACCCUUCCACCUUGUUAUGCCAUCGCUCCCUGGGCUGGGCUUCAGCGAUUCUCUGCCUAAAAACGUCCAGGUCGUCUCCAAAACCUCUGAGAUGCUUGACAUCCUCAUGAGGCGACUAGGAUACAGGCAUUACCUCGCGACUAACUCUGGGUCAUCCAUUACCCCCCAAGGUGGAAUCGACUGGAAAAUUCUCACACAUCUGGCUGCCAAUCAUCUGGAUUCUUGCCUUGGUGUCCACUUGGUAUCGCCGCCAUUGCAAGCUCCAAAGGCAUUGAAAUCGCCGGUCGAAUGGCUGAAAUUGACUCUGGCAAAGGCCCUGCAAACUCCCAUUCUCGGGUAUACAAAGGAAGACGUUGCGGCCCUCCAGAAGAACAAUCCAGAAAGAGCCAGGAUAUCCACCACGGAUACUGCCUCGUCAUUUGGAAUAGGUGCAUACGAUCCAAAUACGCUGGCAUACGCACUUUGCGAUUCUCCGACCGGGCUUUUGGUCUUUUUCCUGGCCAUAGUUAGGAUAUUAGGGUCCGAGAAGGAGUUUACUUCAUUAGAACUCGUCACAAUGACCAAGCUGACUUGGCUUCCGGGCCCGGAAGGGACGCUGAGGCUAUUGGCAGACAAUCAUCUCUCAGUAAGGGAUGAUGCAGAGCCAAAAUCGGCAAGGAAGCCCAAAGCUUCCAUCACAGUGUUCCUGGCUGAUGAUGUCGCGAUUCAGAACGGAUCGAUCUCAGCUCGGGAUGGCGUUUCGCCACCAUCGGUCAGUCCCUACGUAUGCCCCAGCUGGGCCAAGCAGCACUAUGAGGUAGUUUCGACUGCCCGAGUUGAGGGAAAGCAGGGACUGCUGGCUUGGGAGCGACCACAAGUGAUUGCCGACGGUGUAAGCAAUCUUGCCAAAGCACUGCUCGCCGUGGACAAGAGACUCUAUGGAGCUGGGAACAGAACGGCUUAG